GGUUGCUUCGGACGAUUCUUCUGCGGUGGUUUUGGUGGUGGAUUUGUGAUUGCUUCUGGCACUUGCAUGCUGGAAAUAUAUAGUGACGUGUAGUGAGAGAUUUUUCCGGUUGAAAAAGGAGAUUUUGAAUAAUUUUUCAAAAUGAGUACCUGUUACGGCUGCAAGGAGGAAAUCAAGGAUAAAAUGCUGGAAGCCCUCAACAAGUGUUGGCAUCCGGAGCAUUUUGCCUGCAAGGAGUGCAAGAAGCGCAUCAUCGAGAACAAGUUCCACGAGAGCGACGGCCACCCGGUGUGCUCCAAGUGCUUCGACUCCAAGUUCCAAUCGAUCUGUGCCGCGUGCAGAAAAAUCGUUACAGAGAAAGUGGUCAAAGCAAUGGGUAAGACCUGGCACCUGGAGCAUUUCAUCUGUGGUGGACCCUGCAAACAGCAACUAUCCGGUCAGACCUUCUUCGAACGCAACGGCAAACCGUACUGCGCGGCCGACUACGAACGGUUGUAUGCACCGAAAUGUGGCGGUUGUAAGAAAGCUAUCGCCGAAAAGGCCAUCUCGGCACUGGAGAUGAAAUGGCACAAGGAUUGUUUCAAGUGCAAGCUCUGCAAGGCACCGAUCGGUGUGGAAUCCAAGUUCCGUUCCGAUAAGGACAAACAACCGAUUUGCGAGAAAUGUGGAGUUUAAGCAACUAACUGAUCGACGACAGACACGUUUCCAUCUCUCUAUCCAAUAGAAUUUCAACACAAGCAGAAAGAAAUGAACAAAAAUCCUCUCUCUCUUUUCACCUUUAAAUCUUUGCUGUUAAUGUGCUACAAGUUUAUUGUUCGAAAGUGUUUUUAUAUAAUUUAAAUAAAUAACCUACAAGAAAA